CACCACUAACCCACAGUCAAUAUGCCCACCCACUUGAGCAAGACGAGGAAGCACCGCGGCCAUGUGUCCGCUGGACACGGUCGUGUCGGUAAACACAGGAAGCACCCCGGUGGUCGUGGUCUUGCCGGUGGUCAGCACCACCACCGUACCAACUUGGACAAGUACCAUCCCGGUUACUUCGGUAAGGUUGGUAUGCGCCGCUUCCACCUUCUCCGCAACCAGCUCUGGAAGCCUGUCGUGAACAUCGACAAGCUCCUCUCUCUCAUCCCCGAAGAAUCCCGUGAGAAGUACGCCAACGCUUCGUCCAAAUCCGACACCGCCCCCGUCAUCAACCUCCUUGACCACGGUUACGCCAAGUUGUUGGGCAAGGGCCGCAUCAACGUCCCCGUCGUCAUCCAGGCCCGCUACGUGAGCGCCGAGGCCGAGAAGAAGAUAAAGGAGGCCGGUGGUGUCAUUCAGCUCGUCGCAUAGAGCUCUGGGAUCUGGGUACAAAACGGAACGCUCCGCAGGGCGAGCGAACGAACAAAAGUGCAUUCG